AUGGCUGGUGAGUUCUUGUUUCCUAAAGGGUCGGUGUGUUUAAACGCCUUAGCUAAAGUUUGGCCACAUGUAAGAAGGGGUGCUCGUUGGGCCUUGGGGAAUAUGUGGCUCACCGGGCGAGAGCCUUUGAUAAACGUGGCAACCGGGCGCAUACCGGCGGAGCAGAUUCACGCUCCUGUGGCGGAGUUCGUCACGACGGCGGGUGAAUGGUGGUGGGCGAAGUUCGAGGAUCUUUUGCCGGCCACAACCUUGCUGCUAGUCGCGGCUGUCCUGCCACCAAAACCCUCGACAAGAGUUGACCGUUUGGUCUGGGGAUACACGUCGAACAGCAAUUUCCCAACGAAGACGGCUUACGAAGCUUUGACGCGGGUGAUCACCGAAAACACCCGCCCGCUGUGGAGAGCAAUAUGGAGGGCGCCAGCGGCCCAACGUGUACGGCAGUUUUUGUGGUUGGCGUGUCGAGACCGCCUAUUCACCAAUAUGGAACGGGUUCAUCGGCACAUGGCUGGGGAUGUAGCUUGUUAUUUCUUUGGUCAGCCGGAGUCGACUUCCCACGUGCUACGAGAUUGUGCUAACGCGAGCAGUAUUUGGACGGUGGUGAUUCCGACUGCUAUCCGAUGGGAAUUUUUUGCUCAGGAGCUUAGGGAGUGGAUAGGGUCGAAUUUGAUGGGUUAUGGACAGGAGGUGCCGGCGGAAUGGGCGACCAUGUUUUCCAUAACGUGUUGGCGCAUUUGGCAUUGGAGGAAUAGGGCCAUUUUCUCGAAUGAGUUUUUGUCUCUUGGGGCAAAGGUUUAA